ACGUGCGUUUGGUCCAUCUCUAAUCUGAUUGAAAGCGAGUGGUGUGCUAAGCAAAAACAAAAAGCAAUACAAUAACAAACAAUUAAAUGGUUAAGAAAACAUCAUGUCGUCCAGUGGCAGAAACAAACAAGGCAAGUUAACGAACCCCCGACUUUUGGGCGACGAGGAGUGGGAUAAACUGAUUGGGAGUCCGCGGUUGCCAAAUGUCGUCCCUGGCAAUAGGCAACCUGCACAGGAUCGCCUAAAGCGGCUACAAGCCAAUAUAAAGCGGGUGCAGGACAAGAACCCGAUCAAGGAAAGGGACAUCAAGCGGACCACGCGCAGCUCGUCCUUAUCCAGCCAUCCGCAGAUUAGAGCUCCGACUUCAGUUCCAAGCCGCCGGGCAAGUGUCUCCGUGGCCCCAGUGGCCAUAUCCACACCGAAAAGAUCCGUGGGGGAGCGACUGAGGGUCAAGGCCAGAGUCGCAAAGAGUUCGUCCCCCAAAAACGCCUGGGAGAAGCCAAAGGCUCUGCUGGAUGCCAGCAAUCGCCUGAAAGCUGGUAGUUCUGAAAGUGCCAACCAGCGUCUAACGCAGUUAAUAACUACACUGCAGCAGAAGCAAAAGGAGCAGGAGCUUAACAACAAUGAUGUAGGCAAGGCUAACGAAAAAAGCAACAAAAAACAGCAAGGAAACGGCCAUACCACAAACACGAGUGCAUUUAACAGCUCGACGGCGAGCGAGGUGGAACCAGAGCCCAUGGAAUGGGAGGAGUCCAUAGAAGAUGAACCUCCAAAGCAGGAUGAGGAUCUGGCCCGGAAGGAGGACGACAUCCUGCUUAUGCGCCAAGCCGCGGAUAGUGAGGAGUUACCCACCCACCUCCUAGAUCACAUGUAUUUCGUUUUGGACACAAACGUUCUAAUGCACAACAUUAAGUUUGUGGAGAGUCUCACCGAGGUGGUGCUGCCGGGAACGGUGGGCAGCAUGCUGUACAUUCCCUACAUAGUCAUCAAGGAGCUAGACAAGCUGAAGGGUCAGCACCACGGGGAUGAUCCGAAGCGACUGAUUGCCGUGCGAGCCAUUCGCUACCUGAACACGAAAUUCGAUGAGAGUUUGGAAAUACAAGCUCAAUCCGCCGUGGAUGAGGCGGAGCACCUGAUCGAAGUGGACUGCCCGGACGACAGCAUAGUCAACUGCUGCCUGCAGCUGCAGCAGCAAGUGCCAAACAUGAUGCUCCUCACAAACGAUGCCAAUCUCCGUCUCAAAGCCAACGCCUCGGCCAUACAGGUCUCCUGUCGCUCCGACCUGUUGGCCGCCCAUCCUGAUGAGUUUGCCGCCUUGGGCGAAUAACUCGAACACCUCUAGUUUUGAUACUCUAGUAUACUAAAGACUGCGAUUGCGUUUGUGAUAUGGGAUCCGGAAGCAGCUGGAGGGGAUCCACCAGUCAAGCCACUGCACCGCAGCACACAUGAAGUACAAUCAAUCAUUUACACACACAUCACAUUUAAGAAAAAGGCCACCGGCAAUGUUCAAUGAAGACUAAAGCUACUGCCUUUUGCUACCAGCAAUAAAGUUUGUUUUUUUGAGA